AACUAGUUAUUUAGACGUUUUUUUUACAAGAUACUCUGUAAACUCGAAACGUCGCUAUCCAUAACCGGAAAUUCGGUUUUCGCAGUGCGGAAAUGUUGAUAUUUGCUGGAAACACUUAACAAUUGCAAUCAAAUUUAUAACUAACACAAACACGAAGCUGGAAUUUUCCUAAAGGGCUCAUCAUCCACUCUUUUGUUUAACUUCAUUGUAUCUCUUGCAUGUUUUUCGUUCUCACACAUUGUGUACCUUCAGUUCGCUAGACUCAUCAUUAAAUUAGCGAAUUUUGCCGUACACGACGAGCCCCACCAACAACACUUGUUCUAGUAGUAUAUAAACGCAUGAUUGGCCAAGGGGCGGUUAGUCAUUUAGUCAGUGUCAUCUGUGUUGCAAAGAGACGCACAUACGGCUAGAAAGUGCUAGAAGCUUUGAUCGGAAACAAAAAUUUGAAUAUAUAUACAUACAUAUUUCGGAAACUUUAAUUCUAACAAGCGGAAAGGGAACUAAAUAGAAAUAAUCGUUCGUUCACUAUUUUUUGAUUUUGUUGUUGUUAUAACUGAGAGACAUUUCAAACAAGUGAAACAUUAUGACAAAUUAUCAUAAGCUGUGUCUAUAUGCUGUGUUUUUGUUGUUGUCCUGCUGUACCACACAGACAUGGUCAGCAUAUUUGCCAGUAAAUGAGGAACAUAACCUAAAUCAAUUGGAAGGGUUACAAAAGCAACAAUCUCAGCGGUAUUUAUAUACAGAACGUCCAGCAGACAAAAGCCAAAUCAUCAAUAAGGGCGAAACGCGAAGCGCGGUUGAUACGACCGCAACAGCAGACACCAACAAUGCUGCAAUACCAGCAUGGUACAGCGCCACAGACGAAGAUACCGCUACGCUGGGUAAUUGGCAAUUGUUACCUCAUGGAUCAUACGAUAAAAACGAUGACGUAGUGGCUGGCAAUGCGCCAAUACAUGCGGUGGCGUGGUCUGAUCGUGCGUACGAAAAUAGCGAUGUGUACGAUGCAUUUGACAGCGACGGCGACACCGAAUUGGACAGCGACAACGACAACGACAUGAACAACGGUGAAACCGGCGAAGAGUUAACCAACGCAUAUAGUGUUUUGAGUCGCAAGCGACGCGGUUUCGAUGAUUGGCUCAUAGCGCCGCAUACACGUUGGUGUGGGCGUGGCAAUAAUGCCAACAACAAUUACAACCAACUUGGUGGCGCUUCAGACGCGGAUAGAUGUUGCCGGCGACAUGAUCAUUGUCCCGUUUACAUAUCGGCAUUCAGUAAUCGGUAUGAAAUCUUCAACUAUCGGCCAUACACAUUGUCGCAUUGCAGUUGCGAUCGACGUUUCCGUGCCUGCCUGAAAAUGAACAACGACGAGCCGUCGAACACCAUCGGACAGCUCUUCUUCAAUAUGGUGCCAUCACAAUGUUUCAUACUACGUAAUGAACGGCAUUGUUUGGAACGCGAUGCGAAGGGUAACUGCGUAAAGGAGACAACGCGAAAGCAUGCCUAUGUGCGGGAAAAUGAAAAGUACUAAAUAUUACGUGUGCUCACAUAAAUAUACUUGUACAUGUAUGUGUGUAGCGACGAAGAAGUUGCCACAAAAGGCAUGCAGAAAUGAGACUGGCCAGUUUAUUGAGCGUAAUUGGGCUUACGAAGCCUUACGAAGCUAAUGCAGGUGUAAAAGAAAUAUCGAGAAAAUAUAAUUAAAACAAAAUCAGACACAAAGACGAUUUAAACAUUUUGUUUGGUACGCGUGUUGUAUGUGUACAAGUAUGUGCAGCGCUAGCUAAUACAAGGCCGUUAAAUGGUGUGAUUGAUAUGCAGUUACUAUGCAUAGCUAUGUAUGUACGUAACGUAAACGCGUUUCAAAUUCAAAUGGUUUACCGUAAGAGCGCAGCUAACUAUACAUUUGAGUCACCUUGUGUCUGCUAUAAUUGAAUGAUUUGUUUAGAAACAGCAAAAAUGUAAAUAAAAUAAGUUUCGAUGUCAUGCCAAUAUUUUCUAAAUGAUAUUACGUGUAUGUCUGAUAUUAAUUAAGAUUGAGCAUACACAAUUUUAGUCAUUAUUUAUUUUUAUACAUAUCUGUAGCUUAUAUAGAGCGACUAUCGUAUUCCAGAAUACUUGUGCAGAACAUAACGGCUGUAAUACGAUAAACUUGUUCCAAAUGUCUCGAUGUUGUAUUGUACUAAUAGUUUAACACAUAGACGCUUAAAAUUAUACGUACUUUUCGAGCAAUAAGAAGUUGAAGAAGUAAAUACAUAUAUAUAUAAGUUAAUCUUAAAAAAAUAGAAGAGUAGUAUAAAAAAAACAGUAGGCGCUGCAAAGCAUUACUAUUUAAUAGGAUUAAGCUUAGUAAUUAGAAAAAAAGCGUAAAAAAUAAAUUAAAUUGUUACAUUGAUUGUACGCGUACGUUUGCAUAUAGAAUUACACAUACAUACAUAUAUAGUACUGUCAAAAUAUGUACCAUUAUUAAACACUAUAGCUCACAAAUAAAAAUAUGAAAGAAUUAAAAAAAAACGUAUUUUUACUAUUUUAAACAAAAGUUUUUAAGCAAUAAAAAUAUUAGUUUCAUGUAUGAGAAAUAAAAUAACUGAAUAAUAAAAUUAUAAAAAAAUAUAUCGGUGUCAUUUAGCUCUGGUCUAAUAUGAAAGUUCUAUGUAGAUAAUUUUUGAAAACAAAAAAAUCAUAGUAGACAUGAUUCAAUUAAAACAAUGUGUCAAACAUAAUUGGAUCCAUAAUGUCUAAAUCAGUCAUUUUGCUUUGUAUUGUUUUGAUUUUAUAAUACAAAAAUAAAUUUUCCACACAUUUCAACCAAUUAAAA